CCAACAAACCAACCAGCAACGGAGGCUCCACUCACGCGCUGUGUAUAUGUAUGUCGGCCAGUUAAUUUGUUUGUACAUGUCACAUGCAUCUUCAUCUUCAUCUUGGAAUAAGUAUGUACUCCUCAUCACUUUGCGAGAAGAUGGAGAAGCUCAAAAUUCUUUCCAGCCACAGCCAGGGUGAAGCAAGUGGCGCCAAAUGAAGCCAGCUCAUUAUAUUAGGCGAUGCGCAUCCACCGCCAACUUUUAAUUUUUCUUCGUCCUGCUCCUGCAGGAAAGCCUGUACUGUCCUUCACCACGGCCAAGCCCAAGCCCAACCCGCCAUGGCUCGCCCUCGCAACCACCGUCACCUGCUGCUACUGCCACUGCUAAUGGUAAUGCUCGCCGGCGCACACGCACAGGCGGCAGUACAGCCAUCCAGGAUCAAGAACGUGGUGGUGCUGGCUCUGGAGAACCGCUCCUUCGACCACAUGCUCGGCUGGAUGCGCCGCCUGCUCGGACUCCCCAUCGACGGCCUCACCGGCGCAGAGUGCAACCCGGCCCCCUCCGACUCCUCAUUGCGCUGCGUCUCCCCCGACGCCGACCUCGUCGUCCCCGAUGACCCCGCCCACGCCUUCGAGGACGUCCUCGAGCAGCUGCUCGGCUUCCGCCCAAACGCCUCCUCCUCCUCCUCCUCCGCCUCCUCGCCCUCCGACAUGUCCGGCUUCGUCCGCAGCGCCGUCUCCGUCAGCGCGCUCCUCACCGACGCCGUCAUGCGGGGAUUCACCCCCUCGCGGCUGCCGGCGUUCUCCGCGCUCGCCACCAACUUCGCUGUCUUCGACCGCUGGUUCUCGUCCAUCCCGGGGCCCACGCAGCCCAACCGGCUGUUCCUCUACUCCGCCACCUCCCAUGGCGCCGUCGCCCACGACAAGUGGAACCUCCUCCGCGGCUACCCGCAGCGCACCAUCUUCGACUCCCUCGCCGACGACGGCCUCGACUACAGGGUCUACUUCAAGACCAUCCCCACCACCCUCUUCUACCGCCGCCUCCGCACCGUCGCCAACGUCGCCCGCGGCACCUUCCGCCGCUACGACGCCGCCUUCCGCGACCACGCGCGCCGGGGCCUCCUCCCGGCGCUGUCCGUCAUCGAGCCCCGGUACUUCGACCUCACGGGGACGCCGGCCGACGAUGACCACCCGGCGCACGACGUGGGCAACGGGCAGAGGCUGGUGAAGGAGGUGUACGAGGCGCUGCGGGCGGGGCCGCAGUGGAACCAAACGCUGCUCAUCGUCACCUACGACGAGCACGGCGGGUUCUACGACCACGUGCCGCCGCCCAACGUGGGCGUACCCAGCCCCGACGGCAUCCGGGGCCCGCUCCCCUUCUUCUUCAGGUUCGACCGCCUCGGCGUCAGGGUGCCCACCAUCAUGGUGUCGCCGUGGAUCAGGAAGGGGACGGUGGUGGGGAGGCCGCCGGGAGGGCCCACGGCCACGUCGGAGUACGAGCACUCCUCCAUCCCGGCGACCAUCAAGAAGAUAUUCAACCUGAGCUCGGACUUCCUGACCAGGAGGGACGCGUGGGCGGGCACCUUCGAGCAUAUCUUGACGGAGCUGGAGGAGCCAAGGACGGACUGCCCGGAGACAUUGCCAGAGGUGCCGGCGUCGGCAGCGGCAGCGGCCAAGGGAGAAGGAUGGCUGUCCGACUUCCAGCGCGAGCUCGUCCAGCUGGCGGCCUUCCUCAACGGCGACUACAUGCUGUCGUCGAGCUUCGCGCAGGAGGAGCGAGGGAAGGGGAGGAGGAGGAUGAGGGUGAAGGAGGCGGACGCGUACGUGAGGCGAGCGCUCAAAAGCUUUCUGGACGCCACCAAGACGGCCAAGCGCUUGGGCGCAAACGACUCCGCCAUUGUAACCAUGAAACCAUCCUUGACCACCACCACCUGCUGUUCCUAGAUUGGGUUAAUUACUCCUACUCACUACUGUACUGUUACUGUAUAUCGAUGAUCAUAGAAUACGUACCAACCUCACUUAAUUGAAAAAAGAUCUGCCUUUGGUCCUUUCCUUUAAGACACACAUAUAUA